GCCGGAAGUGUGCCUCACAACCGCCGGUCCGAUAUGUUAAACGACGUUGUUUUUAAUAGUGAUAAACGACGUCGUUUCUCACUGAAUCGUUGAAUUUAUGUUAAAUAUGAAGGACUUCUCCCAAUUCAUUCCUAUUUUGUAGCUGAAUCUAGGGUUCGUCAGCAAAUCAGGUGAAAUGCCCUCAUCGUCUGCGACUUCCAGCCAAUGUCACUUAGAAAUGAACUCACGGAAUUGCCAUUGUAAAGCUCCGGUCAAAAAAGAGAUCUCAAGAACUACCAAGAAUCCUGGGCGCGAAUUUUACUGCUGCGCUUAUGGAUCGUGUAAGUAUUUUGAAUGGGUUGAUUCUCAACCAAGGUCAUCAUCUUCUUCAUUCGUACAUGAGAACUGCUGUGAAAAGAUCAACUUUUGGAUUGGGGAAUACUUCAAGAUUUCUGACUCAAAUGCUGUCUUCUUGAAGCAUAAUCAUGAGCUAAGAGUGCAACUCGCCAUUUUGGAGGCUGCAAAGAAGGGAAAUGAGAGACAGAUUGUAGUUCAACGCUUUGUCAUUGUUGGGCUUUUGGUGAUUGUGUUAGGUCUAAUGUUUAGAUAGGUUGUGGAGAUGGCAUUUUCUUUGAUUUUGUUGGGCUAAUGUUUAGAUAGAUUGUAGUUUAAUCCAUGACAUUUUGUAUGAUCUUGAACCUUUUGUAAUGACACUAGCAUAAUUUGGUGGA